AUGGAUCCUCCUGAACCCGCCUCUUCAGGCAGAGCAGCCACAUGUGCAAAGCCAGAAAAGACGGUCACCAUAUCUUCUGAUAUGCUCAAUGAGCUACUCUCAGCUGCGUCCUCUAUGAUGUCGAACUCAAAAGAGAAGAAGCUCAGCCGACUGAACAAACGCUACAUCAAAAUCUCCAGCAAAGUCAAGGAGGUAAUCAACAAGGAACGACAGUUCACCUACUUCCCGCUCUUACCACUGGAGUUGAGACGCGAGAUCUGGGAGUACUACCUCACAGAUGAGGUCAUAGUCAUGAAAUGGCAAAGUCACGUUGGUAUCGGUGGUAAGUUCAUACACAUCGUCCUAUUCAACGGGACCUUCGCAUUAUGGCAUUAUUACUCACACAUUUGCAUAGGUUUCCUUGAAUGUGUAGGAAUAAAUGCAAAUACAAUUCUCGGACAAGUCAGCCGCGAAGCACUUUCUGUAACUCGACAUGUUUUUGGCAUGCAACAUUUCCAGCCAGCCAUAGAAGGACGUUAUUGAUUGAACAAUUCCAUAGCGAUCAGCCUCGACACCCAAAUCCCUUUCUUCGUCGGCGUACCCGUUCAAGUAAGUCUCUACUAUAUGUUGAAGAAUAAUUUUGUUCCUGGGGUAUGCAGUUACAAUGACAUGUUUUCCGAGGGGUACCCUGGCCUUCCCAUUCUACGAAAGUCUCGUGGCAUUCCCCGUAUUGCCUUCGAAGCAAAAGACUGGGCUUCAGCCAUGUUGGAAGACAAUUACAUUCAUCCAGACCCGAAUGUGGAUUCUGUGAUGGGUAUUUUGGCUGCUAUACAAUUCCUUGAAGUGCGAGAGGGUAUGUAUAGUCAUUCGCGUAACACAGGGAGAGUAUGCUAACCAAGCCUUUCACCAGUCAUCAUCGUGGUUCACCAAGAGACAACCUCCAAAAAUGUGCGAUUCGCAAAUCCCACCAUCGACCUCGAAGAUACGGUCUUUUCUUCCGCGCGGUUCGAUGCUUUCUCGCGGUGGAUCUCCAUGAUGUUCACGCGCCAGCCAACACGUCCCGUCACAUGGCGAACUUUGGAGGAAAUGACGGAGGAGCUCUUGGUAGACAAAAACGAUGAAAGAGUGACCCAGAGAGAUGAUAAGUUGGUCGCCCUGAACCUUACACUUGAUCAAUUCCGCGCCCGGGAAAAGCUUUUCAUGGUAUGUGAUUUUCUUUGCCCUCUUUAUCUUCGGUCUCACAUUCGCGCUGCCACGAGAUAAAUGUAUAUUGACUCGUUUUAGUGGUCAAGGUGUGAUGGAUGGGUCUGUCCCAAGAUUAGAUACCUAGAGGCAGUAUGA